AUGUCGGAAUCAGCAGCAGACGGCAGCGGCGCUGUCGAAGGCAUUGUCCCAGUUGCGCCCGUUCUAUUUAAGGCGCGCGGCCGCAAGGGCAAAGCGAACAUGCGGAAACGGUCACCAACGCCGCCACCAGCAAAUAGCGAAAGCGACAGCGAUUCCGGCAACUCGUCCGACGAAGGCCGGGGAGCGAUCCGGGAAGCGAAGCGGCGAAGAAAAAACGGGGCCGGCGUGAUCGGUGCGUCGACAGAAGGCGCAUCCUCAAAAAGCGGCGUGGCAGCACCGACCGAGCUCGAGCAACCACAACACUAUGCCGACCGCAGCGCACUCCUUGCCGACACGGACGUGGCCACAAAGCGCAGCCACAUGUUUGACGACAAGGACAACAAGGCCAAAACGGCCGCAACAGCCACGCCAGCGGCACCAACGCCAGGCGCGCUGAUGGGCGGCGUCGCGCCGCCCAAGUCGGUCGGCCCUGUCAAGGCGGCAGCCAACAUCCGCACCAUUACUUUUACCGACUUCAGCCCGGACGUCUGCAAGGACUACAAGCAGACGGGCUUUUGUGGUUUCGGCGACAGCUGCAAGUUCUUGCACGCGCGCGAAGACUACAAGCAAGGCUGGCAGCUGGACAGCGAGUGGGAGGCCGUGACCAGGGGCAAGAAGAACCUGGGCGGCACCAUCGUGGCCAGCGCCGACCGCAAAAGGUUUGGCGCUUCGGCGGCGGACAACAACGAGGACGACGAUGACGAAGACGAGGCCUUGCUGCGCGAGAUCCCCUUUGCGUGCGUCAUCUGCCGCCAGAGCUAUAAGCAGCCCGUCAUCACACGCUGCGGCCACUACUUUUGCGAAAAGUGCGCGCUCGACCGAUACCGGCGCGACCCGAGCUGUGCGGCCUGCGGCGCCGCCACGACGGGCGUGUUUAACAAUGCGAAGCGGCUCACAAAGCUCCUGGAGCGCAAGCGGCAGCGUGCGGCCAAGCGGAGACAGGCAGCACUCGAGGCCGGUGAAGAGGUCAGCAGCGCCGAGGAGGGCGAGGAAAGCGACUAA